AUGGACUCUUAAAUUGAUGGUAGUUAAACCAAAAAAAAAUAUUCCAUAAUAACACCUGCUGUUAGGAUAGCAUUUAUAAAAAGAGUUCAAUCAAAACAGUCGACUAUCAAGUAAGCAGCUCAAGAAUUCGGAAUUAAGUUUAGCACAUCUAAGGCUAUAUUACAAACCUACAAGAGGGAAGGAAGAGUUGGUAAGAAAAAGACUAGGUCUCGACGCAGUACUUUUAAAAUUGAUUCAAAAAAGGAGGAGAAGUUCUAACAACAACAAAGUAACCCCAAAGACCAUCUAUCUCCAUAACAACCUUUACCAAUUAAUCAAACACAGAUGACUCUCCCAUAGGAACAAGCUUAAUAAUUUCAAAUAUUUUAAUUAGGUCUAUAAAUGAACCCAUACAUACCUCUACAAUAAAACUUGUACUUAGAGUAAAAUCCUUUUCAAAUUCCAAAUCCGUAACUGAUGUAUUAUUAUUGGUAACUUAAUAACUUGAGAUAACAGGCUCUAUCAUAGUAAUAUGGAAAGAUACUGGAUCCUAGAUUAUUUAUAACUCCUAUUCAAUCUAGUAAAUGGUUAGAUGCAAAAUUUAAUGAAAUUGGAACAACUUUGAAGGACUUUAAUUGA